AGGUACUUUAUUGUGCUAAAAUUGGAGAAUAAUAUACGUACACAAAAAAAAUAUUCCGCGAAUGAAAAAUAUUAGCUACAAAAAUCCCUUCAAUGUAAUGGUUCUAAUAUCUGUGAAAAAUCCAGACUUCACGGUUGCGGUGGAGUUCCCCUUUCCGAGACUUUCCUCUUUACUAAACCAAGCAUGUAAAAUGAUUGCGAAAAUGACAUAAAACAAAGAAGAACACAAACAAUGUCACUAAUACACAGAACAAAUGCAGGAUCGCACCAAAAUUUUCUCGUAGUAUUGGUUCCCUUUAAAAAAAUGUUUUAUUUUCGCUGAUUAUCAAAUUUCUUUUAUAUAAAACAUAUUGCCCCACAAAAUGUUAAGGACGUCUGUAACAAAAUUCAGAAGGGCUUGCUCACUAGCCACCAUCCCCCGUGUUUUACGGGGCGAUGUGUGGUCACCGGCAAGUAACUUUGAGAAAUUAUCUACCAAUAUGAUGACGAAAGACAAGAGUACAACUUCCGGUUCUAAUGACGAUGAGGACGCGAAAGGCAAAAAAUGUAAGCAUUUGAUCGAAUUAGCGUUUGGCCCCGCCAAAUUAGACGCUGCAGAAAAGAAUGAAAAAGUUGAAGUAUGCAAAAAAGAUGAUUUGGAAUCUAUGAUUUCUUCUGACAUCGGAAAAGUUACAUGCGAAAAAAGCAACACAAUGGAAACUGAAAAUAACGAACCGGAAGCAGUUCCAACAUGUGAAAGUGGUGUUAAUACGCGGCAUCCGGAUGAAAAAUGUCAACGAUUGAUUGAAUUAGUGUUUGGUCCGGAUAAAUCAGAAAAUCAAGUAUACCCUAAUGUGAGCAAAUUGCCUGAACUGGAAACAGAAAAUGUAGCACAAAUGGUAACAACUGGUUGCACAUCAUCGGAUACAAUAAAUAGUAAAAAUAGACUUGUAAAUGAAGGUCUUUGUAAUAAUGAAAGAGAUUCCAAACAGGCUAAUGUACAUGAUGUUCUUAAUGCAACUGCUGUAGAAGAUGAAGAGAAAUUAGUUCAAAAAAUUGAGAAAAUUGAAGAAUCACCAUUGGUUGAAGCAGAUAUUAAUAAAAAAAGACAACUCCUAUCUUAUAUCAAACAUGGAGUUACUAAAGGCCGUCAUAUGAAGGAUAACCAAAGUGUAUUGCAGGAGCUUGCAAAACGAUGUAUCGAUUCUAGUAAUGAGAAAAUUAAUGAUAAAAUAUUGAAGGAUAUGAAAAGACUCGGUAUUUCUCAGCCACUUUUGGAAGACCUUCCGACCGAUAAUUCUGAAAAGGCUACGUUAAAAUCAAACGAAACUCUUAGAGAUAAAGAAAACAUAAAAACGGGACGAAGGUAUUUUGGUUCUAGACGAGCAACGAAGAAUAUGGCAAUGCGUAUGACAUCUGGUAAUUUAUCAGAAGUUACAUCUGAAACAAAUAAACAAGAUACUACACUAAUAACUGAUAACAGUUCUAGAACCGAACGUGAACUUUCGAUUGAUCGUGAAAAAUCACCAAUUGUAACCGAAAAAAUAGCAGCUAAUGCCGUUCAAUUUGAAAAAAUUGAUGCAGAAAAAACGCAAUUUAUACACCAGCCAUUACUUAAAACUAGUGAAGAUUGUAAUGAUUCAUCUGCUGUUUUAAAUACACAAAAGGAACCCAAAAAUGAAAACACCCAAAACGAAGUCGCAGAAACACAAAUACUCAAAACUUCUGAUGAAAAUAUAAGUACUGCUGAAGGACCUGCUGUCCUAGUCAAAGAAUCUAAUGACCCAUAUGGUUUCAGGAUUACUCCGCUAACUCCAAAAGCAGAGACUCUUAAAGGUCGUCUAAACGCAUUAAAUAAUCACAUUCGACAUUCGACAUUGAUUAGUGGAUCACAUUAUGCUCAAGUUGAAGAACAUGGAAAAGAACAAAAUUCACUCGGCAAUGAAUUUAGUAGUUCUAUAUUGACCAAAGAUAUUCAGAAAAUAUUUAGUGAAGAAAGGAUACCACGACAUUUAUUUGCUAAUUUAACAGUAAUUUCCAAAAAUAUUCCUACAGAUACAGAAUUCGGAAAAUCCUUAAAAGACUUUUAUGAUCAAGAUUUGGACGAUGAUUCAACACUGAUCAAACCUGACCGUCUACAAUAUUAUUCACACAAUGAUGAAAUUGUUCAAUUUAGAGAUUGUUCAGAAGAACUAGAUCCUCAUGUGAUGAUUAGAUCAUACGAAGACACCGAACCAGAUGAUUCGUAUUCUAAUUAUUAUUCAGAUUACAAAAGUCAAAGCAAUAUGUAUUAUGGAAAUAUGUUCCAGAAUAAUUUACCUCCAAGCAAUAGCGGAAUGUUCCAUAACAAGACCGGUUAUAACAGCAUAAUGACAAAUGCUGUAACACCUGGUUAUUCACAGGAUUACUAUAAUACUGAUAACACUGAUAGUGAUAAUAUGUAUCCUGAAAAUGUCAAAGUCACAAGUGAUCAUGAUUAUAAUCCCAAUCAAGUACUCUUUGAUCCGUAUGGCAAAAAUAUGAAGGCGUAUGAUGAUGAAGAAAUAGAAGAUUCUAGUCAAUCCGUUAAAAAAAAUGAGAACAAUCAUAACUCUGAUUUGGCAAUAUUUACUUCAACUGUAGUCAACGAUGGCACUUUGGUGUCUGGAGAUGACCCGAAAAUUGAUGACAAUGAAGUAAAAGAUAAAAACAUUGACCAGCAAAAACGUGAACCUGAAAAAUUGCUGUACCCAUGGAUAGACAAAAGUGCUGUCGCGAGUACUAUAAAAUGUAAUGCAUACAUUGAAGCUCAAGAACCAGUAAGUGAGAGUCCCGUAAUCACUCCUAAAGAAGAAAAUAUGUCACUGUCAGAAAUGUUGAAGAGAGUUAGGCAAAGAGCUCGCCUGGAGGCGUACAGAGAAGAGGUGUUGAUUGCUCCCCCCGUGACAGAAGUAGACCCAACGGAAGGUGCAUGUAAGAAACCCAAACCGCCGUGUCCGCCUCCGCAGAAGACGUGUCCGCCAGACCCGCCAAAAUGCCCACCGUCCAACUGUCCCGAGCCGAAGCCACCUUGUCCAAAACCUUGUAAACCUGCAUGUCCUGAUCCUUGUCCUACACCUAAGUGCCCGCCUGCACCUAAGAAAGACCCGUGCGCGAAGUUUGUUAAUCAAAAAACUGUUGAUAUUAUGGGUCUAGUCGUUACUUUGGGCACGGUGAAUAUUCCGCAAGCGAACGCGGCCGAUGAACGUUCAAUUCUUGAAGAUAAUAACGUUAUGCCUUUGAUCGUAGACGAUAUUUUGUUGAAAUUGCACUCUAUCACUGAUGGUGUCUUGGCAGAUUUAAGAAACAAGGAUUUAUUGGAAAAAGAAAAAGAGUAUAUGUCCGAUACGCUUUUGGAUAGAUCAUAUUAUUUCCCUAAAGAUUUCGAGCCUUGGACGCCGAUUCCGUCCUGGCCAAUACCUUCCAAACGCUUAAAGAAAAAAAUUGAGUGCCCCCAAAAAUGCAGGCCUACACCCCCACCGCCGCCCGGGGCACGUUGCAGGAAUAUCCACCACCCGUGCGCAGGAUUCCCUAAUGACAAGAAAAGAACAUGAUCUAUAAAUAAAUGUAACAAUGUUUAUAAUGUAAUUUAAAAUUAAUGUCACAUUGCGCUUAAUAAUAUUUUAGUACCUACCUAAACAAGCAAGCUUCAAUGUGUCACGAAUUUUAAACUGACACAAAAUUUUUUGUUACUGCAUCCAAAAUUUACAAGUAAUUGGGUAAAUAUAUAUAUAUCAUAUCGGAAUGAGGAAUUCGAAUGAAGAACUAUCGGAUAAACAGCGAAAAUAAAAAAAUAACAAUCCAAAUACAUUUUAAUUCUUUGCGAGUCGAUGGCAAAACUAAAAUCGCUACAAUAGUAGAGUUCGGUCGCACUCGGAACAAGCGAGCGGGAUCGAUAUAGUAAACACAGUCGCAGAUAAAGGGAACCAUACCAUAAUACUUUUUUGGUUUUGUUUAUCCAUGUAGAAAGGCAAAGGGAUCUAAAGCCCAUACAGCCAUCAUCUAUAGUGUAUCCAUCAUACAUAUUUUUAGUAACUAUCAUUCAUUACAGAUGCAGUAGAAAAAAAUCCCUUAAAAUUUCAUAAAAAUAAAACUUAUUUAUUGUUUUACUAUAUAAUAGUAGGGGUAAUAAUAGUAGGGGCAUUAUAUUUGUUACAUAUCUUCAGAAAAUAUUCUCAAAGAAAAUAUCUCUUGCACAACAUUUCUCAGAGUGAGGGCUACACGUCCGGACACAGGUUUUUGAUUUCUGCCUAUACACUAGCGCCACCAUCACAUAUUAUUUUAUUAGCGAAAACUAUACAGAAAGUACCUAUUUUUGUUAGAUAGUAAUAGUUUCCUAUUGACCUAUAACUAUAUGUAUAAACUGCUUAUAAACAUUGAUAUACUGGACACAGUUGCCACCAAUAUCUGUGUAUUUUAGUCCCUAAAUGACUAUGAACUUAACCUACGUUCGAAUAAAAUCAUGUACCUAUCUAGUGUAGCA